CAGGUUAAUUGAAUUAGUUUCGAUGUGGAUUGUGAAUUGGAACUGUGUUUCAAUUUGCUGCGACUUUAUUCAAAAUUAAAUGUUUGAAGCUAGCUACCGCAGUUCACACAAUUACACAUAGAUAGAUACAUACACAGACAUACAUGUAUAUCAAGUCAAAAUUUUUGCUUACGCAAGCUGCCGCAGGACGCUGGAGCAGUGCAGCAGCCGGCGCCCAAGCCAUGGACCCGGACCAGCGUCUGGCCAACGGCUGCCUGAGAUUGGCCGUCGGCGAGCUGAGCGUGGGCAAUUAUACGCUGGCCAUGGGCCUGAUCAAUGAGGGCAUGGCACGCAACCAUGGCAAUCACAAUGAGAUCAUGGCCCUGCUCGAGCUGAAGAACAUUGUGGUGCGUUUGCGGCUCAAAUGCGAAACGCCCGGCCAGCUAAUCGGACCGACCUGCAAGUCCGCAGCGCUGCCGUAUAGCUUCACCGUGGAGAUGCUCGACGUUGUGCAGAAGGUGCUGCGUUGCCGCAAUCAUUACGAGGUGCUGCGCAUCUCGCAUCAUGCCACCUACUCGGAGGUGAAGCGUGCCUAUAAGCGUCUGGCGUUGCGCCUGCAUCCGGACAAGAAUCGUGCGCCCGGCGCCGAUAUCGCCUUUCGGCGCAUCAACGAGGCGGCCGACACGCUGACGGACAAUCAGAAGCGCAUCGAGUACAAUUUGUUAACUGCCGUUGGCGAUUGCUUUGGCGGCAAGGCCAGUCUCUAUGGCAAGGAUGUGAAGACGGCGGGCGUACAGUAUGAGCCGCACAGAGAGCAGCAGCCGGACGAGGAGCAGCAGGGGGAUCAACCACGACGCAGCUACCAGCCGGCCAAUCAGCGUGUGCCGCAGCGACAAAGUCUCUAUCAGACCGAACAGCUGGUCAUUGGACUUGUAGCCGCCCUGGUGUUCAUUAUCAUCACGGUCCACUAUUUGUCCACAGCGCCCAACUAUAGUUUUACGCCCACCAGCAGCCACAGCGUGCGACUGGUGAGCCGGCUCUGGCGUGUGCCCUACUUUGUGACGCCCAAACUGGCGGCCAGCCAAACGCCUAAGCAGCUGGAGCGCAUGGAGUCGGAGAUCGAGGAGAUCUAUCUGACGGAAAUCAAGCACAACUGCAAGCAGGAGCGCAAGCUGCGCGACAAGCUGUUGCAACGCGCUCGCAACACGAACAAUCACAAUUUGCUUGAUCACGCGCUGAAGAUGCCAACGCCCGCCUGCCACGCCCUCAUCAAGCUGGAUCAGUUCAAAAGCCAGCCGCUGCUAUUGGACAAUAUUUCGGAUAAGAAUGACUCGUGGGAUUAAAAAUCGAAACAAAAAC